ACACCACGCCUUGUACUCUCUCCCAUCGACUGUUCCUAUCAUGAGCUUUCAAGACAUAGAAACUGGUCUGGCGCAGCGACCUCUGUCGCCGCGCAUUGGUAUGCCGCAGUCCCAAGAGGAAGCGGCAUUCCUGAGCCUGCAGUCAUCCCUCUCACUUCAAGUGUUCAAGAUCAAUUCCAAUGUGCAGGGAAUUCUGAAGCUAGUCGAUCAGCUGGGCACUCCGCGCGAUUCUGAGAAUCUAAGGAAGUCUCUUCAUGACUUGACGGAGACCACUCGUGCGAUGGCGAAGCGCGGUUCCGACGAUUUGAAGAAACUUGCGGCGUUGCAAGCGACUCUGCCUCGACAUAAGACGUCGUUGCAGAAGACCUCGCAUGACUUCCAGCUAUCCCUCGUCGCCUUCCAGCGCGCACAACAGGUGAGCGCAGACCGACAACGCACAGUUGUACAGGGCGUGAAGCUCGCCGUUGAAGAGGAGGAGGCUGCGCCCCAGGAGCGAUCGACCAGCCCUACACCAUCACAACGUCAGGCGCAGAUUCUCCAUAACCAGUUCUCUCCUGCCGAGCUUGCGUUCCAGGAAUCUCUAAUCCAGGAACGUGAAGCCGAGAUCCGCGAGAUAGAGACGGGCAUUCACGAGCUUUCGGAGAUAUUCCGUGACUUGGGUACGCUUGUUUCAGAGCAGGGUGGCAUGCUCGACAACAUCGAGUCGAAUAUUUCAUCCAUCGCUGUUGACACCGCCGGCGCUGCAGAAGAGCUUACCACAGCUCACGAAUACCAGCGCAAGGCCGGCCGAAGAGCGCUGUGUUUGACGCUGGUGCUUGUCGUCGUCGUGGCAGUGGUUCUUUUGGCAAUUCUCUCAUGACAACCUUGCAUAUGUAAAAUACCCAUCUUCUUCUCGCAGGACGUCAUAAACAACGAGCGGGAACUUAUGAUUCAUGAUGUGUAAUUAUGAGUAUGUGCAUAUGUCACCUUAAUACUGAUAGAUAUUCUGCGGACAACGCCAUUGGACGCGAUUAUUGUAACCCAUAGUUGGAUGGUUUUGCUGUCGUGAGCAACAAUUGCAUUCGUUGAUGAGGC